AUGGACGCAGCGGACAUAGUUGCUUCCGUGUUGGUUUUGGGGAUUAUUAUCGUCUCGCUGUUGUCCAACGUUGUGGUGCUGAUCUGCUUUCUGUACAACCCGGAGAUCCGCAAACAGGUACCCGGUCUUUUUAUUCUCAACUUGACGUUUUGCAACCUGUUACUUAGCGUGUCCAGCAUGCCCCUAACUCUGGUCGGGCUCAUCACCAAGGGCCACCCCGGAGGCAGCGGCUUCUGUCAAACUGUGGGUUUCCUUGACACUUUUCUCACCACAAACUCCAUGCUCAGCAUGGCAGCUCUCAGCAUCGAUAGAUGGGUGGCCGUGGUGUUCCCGCUGAGCUACCACUCAAGAAUACGGCACCGGGAUGCAGUGAUAGCGCUAGGAUACACGUGGAUACACUCACUUUGCUUCUCCACAGUGGCCACCUGCCGCUCUUGGAUCGGGUACCACCACCUUUACGCAUCGUGCACUUUGUGCAAUGUCAGGGCGAGGGGAACCGGGACGCAAUUUAUCAUUUUCACCGUGGCUUUGCACUCUCUCACUUUCCUCCUGACGCUGAUCGUGUUGUGUGUAACGUAUCUGAAAGUGUUGAAAGUUGCAAGGUUUCACUGUAAACGCAUCGACGUGAUCACUAUGCAGACGUUGGUGCUGCUUGUGGAUAUCCACCCCAGUGUGCGCCAGAAAUGCUUGGAAGAGCAGAAGCGGAGGAGGCUGAGAGCCACCAAGAAGAUCAGUACAUUCAUCGGCACAUUUGUGGUAUGCUUCACCCCUUAUGUCAUUACAAGAAUGGUAGAGGUCUUCUCCCCAGGGCCCAUAAGCCCUCACUGGGGUGUGCUGUCCAAAUGUUUGGCCUACAGCAAGGCAGCAAGCGACCCGUUUGUCUACUCGCUGCUGCGUCACCAGUACAGGAAGACCUGCAGCCAUCUGGCUAACAAAGUCCUCAAGAGGAGUACACUCAACUCCUCCUCCCUCAGGAUGGAGAACAGCAUAGGGAGGAGCGACAACUCCAACACAACCAACAACAUCCAACCACCUACCAACAAGCCACCUGGCCAGUGAAGAUCAUUACUUUCAGAGACAAUUAGGGUACUGUACCAUGCUAAAGGUGUUUUGGCUUUGACAUCUUACUUUGAGGUUAACACUCAUGGGAACGUGGGUAUGACAGUAUGUUGACCUCUGUGCGAUGGUGUAACAUGAAUAGGUUCCCAACCUUUCUGUGGCACUCAGCCCUAAGCUCAUUGAUCUUUCUACUGAGGACAUAAGUCUUAAAAGUAGGUCCCACAUUAAUACUUUAAGUGAAAAGAGAUUUUUUUCCUUAAACAGUGCAUUUUUAGGGGACUACGUUCAGCAGCAGUUUUGGUACACUAGUGAAUAUUCACAGCGGCAGGACUUUGUACAUGGGGUAAACUCAAAAUAAGUGCACAUAUUAAUGUUAAUAAGGGAGCAUGUCACCCAGUGCAACAGUGCGGGUCACAAAUGUCUUUUUAAUAGCUUGUUUUGUUUGACAACAAUGAAAGACUAUUCUAUAGAGGAUGCUAUAUCAGGCUUUGGCUACACAGGUAGU